AAAAAAGGGCGCAUACUCUAGUAAUGCUCAAAUUGCGUUCCUUAGCUGGUUCACUCUCCAGCAAUCUCUGUCGGCUGGCCUCCAACGCCCACUUGGACUACUCACGUUACCCAACCCUGCAGGAGUCGGAUAUUGAGGAGACAUUGAUGCGUGGCAGCGGACCCGGAGGACAGGCUGUAAACAAAACCAACAAUUGUGUCUUUCUGCGUCAUCUGCCCACGGGCAUCACAGUCAAAUGUCAUCUGCACCGCUUGGCCUCCAAGAAUCGCAUCGAAGCCCGUAAAAUACUGCUGGAAAAACUUGAUGUUCACCUAAACGGAGAGAAGUCCAUUGCAGCACAGCAGAAGGCGCUUGAUCAGAAAAAGUCAACGGAGCGCAAACGCCGGCAAGGAAAACUGCACGAGAUGAAAAAGAACUGGCAAAAUCGUGAGCGCGAAGAGAGUGAAUGAAUGAACCGAAAGACUUGUUAAACUUU